AUGGCAACUACCACACGAGCAAUCAGACCUCAAUGGCUCUCCAAAGCAGCCCUCCGCCGCGUCCCAUCCAUAUCCCGAAGCACCUCAUCCUUUGCCCACCUCCAAGACGAACUACCCAAACGAGAAAUCCAGCCCACCUUCGAAGACCUCUCUCCCCAGUCCUCCUACCGACUGGACACAACCCUCGCCGACUUCCUCCCAGACACAAACCCCCCACCGCUCCUCCCUCCAACACACGCAACCAACAUCCUCCCCAUACCCCACCACAUAGUCUACUUCGAACCCAGCAGACGCAGCAGCGAGAUGCUUCCCGAUGGCACGAACCCCGACCACGCACCCGGUGAUCCAUUCCCGAGGCGAAUGUGGGCAGGCGGUAGGGUUCGUUAUAAUCAAGAUAACCCCCUCCUACUGGACGGCAGUAGAGGCGUCAUGGCUGAAUUCAUUCGCAACGUCACAAUAAAAGGAAAAGAAGGCGACGAGAAAGUCUUCGUAAUCAUCGAACGCCGCAUGGCAAAAGCUACACUGGACGAAGUGGAACGCUUAACGACCUCAUCCCAACGCAUCGACACCGCGGACUCGAAACAGGCAAAAACAGACCUCCACCACCGCGUCCGACAGCGUCUCUGGCGCCAUAACGAUGAAGACUUCGGCCCCGCGUCAAUUCUGGAAACACGCAACAUCGUCUUCAUGCGCAACCGCUCAAAAGCCCAAGCAGCCACCGAAGCCUCCAAGACUGCAACGACCAAAAUCCUCAAACCAACCCAUAAACCAGACUACACCCACACCAUAACCCCAGAUAACAAACUCCUCUUCCGCUUUUCGGCUUUAACUUUCAACGCACAUGCAAUCCACCUGGACCCAGAUUACAGUCGGAACGUAGAAGGUCAUCGGAAUCUCCUCUUCCACGGGCCGUUGAGCUAUACCUUCCUCCUCACACUGCUGCGGCAGCAAUUAGGCAAGAGGGGGAACGAGGUGAUAAAGUCAAUUGAGUACAGGAACGUUGCGCCGCUGUAUUGUCAUGAGGAGGUGACGUUCUGUGGGACGCAGACGGGGGAGCAUAAGUGGGAAGUCUGGGCGCAGGGGCCGGAGGGAGGGGUGGCGGUUAAGGGGAGUGUGGUGACGGAGCAGGGGAGGAUUGAUAAGACGAAUUUGGGGAUAUGA